AUGACGUUGUUCCGCGAUGAAUCCCCCCCUAAAGUGGAUCUGCGCAAGAUGAUGGACGAGCAUCCGGUCCCUUCAAUUUCCCCCGGAAAACUAGACCCAGCUUCUAUGGCGGGUGACGAGCCAACAAAGCAAGCGUGUUCUAUUCUGGACCGGCUGAAUGCCGCUUUGGCCGCCGACAAUGCUGAGAUGCUCGAUAGCUGCUUUUUUCCCGGCCAGGCAUACUGGAAGGACCAGCUUGCACUUACCUACCACUUGCGAACGUUUGCCACUCCUGGCGUCAUUGCCGCCAGCCUUUUGGAAACAAAGGCCUUGAGGAAAGUCACGGGAGAGAUCACGGUUGAUGGCAAAGCCCAAUUCAGUCAAGACUUGCCGACUCUGCCAUUCAUUGACUGUGGGAUUACCUUCCGGACAGAAUCACCAGCCGCUACUUGUGGGGGUAAAGUGAUACUCUUGCCAGUCAAUGGUGAACUUGACAAAGUGAUUGAGUGGAAGAUAUGGGUCCUAAGCACCACCAUCGAGAAUCUGGACCUGCAGCAAGAGAAUGAGAAGUUGCUCCAGUCUCCCGCAAGGCAGCUUAAAUGCCGCGACGACUUUCAGACAGAUGUUUUCAUCAUCGGAGGCGGAAACGCUGCCGUCGCUCUUGCCGCACGCCUGAAGGCAUUGGGUGUGGAGAGCGUUAUGGCCGAGCGAAACCCCCAGCCAGGUGACAAUUGGGCUUUGCGCUACGACUGCAUGCGAUUUCACCUUCCAACUUCGUUCUGCGAUAUGCCCUACAUGCCAUAUAAAGAAGCGCUUCGAGGCUCCCAUCUUUUGACCAGGAGUGAGCUAGCUUCGCAGGUCAGACAAUACGUGGAGACCUUCAACCUGAAUAUGAUCACCUCAGCACAGAUUCAGUCGACGCAGUAUGAUCAAUCAGCUAAGCGUUGGAUUAUUAAAUAUGAAACUCCUGCUGGUCAAGGCAUGGCAAUUUCGAAGCACCUUGUGCUCGCUACUGGGGUCGCGUCUCAGCAGUACAAUAUCCCACAAAUUGCAGACAGUCAGCUAUACCAGGGCGUAAGCAUGCACUCGGCGCAGUACCAAGAUGGGAAACAGCUCGCAAAGCAGGCCAAAUCUGUCCUCAUUAUCGGCUCUGCCAAUACUGCUUUUGACGUGAUGGAGGACUGUCAUGCAGCAGGACUCCAGACCACAAUGGUUGUUCGAUCACCAACAUACAUUGUCCCAGAGGAAUACAUUUGUCAUAAAGCGAGUCUCGGUGUCUAUGAUACAGGUGUUGCAGCCGCUGAUAGGCGUUUCCUCUUGCUGCCAUCACAUGUAGAUGGCCAGCUUGCCCGCUGUCUGAUGGGAAUGUUUGCUGAGCAGGAACCAGAUCGCUAUGCUUCUCUUGCAGCAGCUGGCUUCCCAGUUAUUGACAGUCGCCACCCAGAAUCUGCCCUGAUGCACAACCUGCUGGAGCGGGCGGGAGGCCAUUAUGUGGAUGUAGGCGGCACUAAGUUGCUGGUGGAGGGCAAAGUCAGUGUCAAAGCUGGGGUCGAGCCUGUCGCGUACACAACGAAGGGGUUGCGGUUCUCUGAUGGCAGCUGCGCCGAUGCAGAUGCUAUCGUCUGGUGUACGGGAUUCUCUGACAAGAAUGUUCGUGAUAGCGCUGCACAGAUCCUAGGAGGCAGUCAUUCAGAAUGGAACGUGAAUGAAGCGAAAGGCCGGCUCAUUGGCCCUGGUGAUAUUGCUGCAUGUCUGGACGCAACAUGGGGACUUGAUGCUGAGGGUGAGAUCCGUGGCAUGUGGAAGCGCCAUUUACACCUUGAUGAUGACAAUUUCUGGAUUAUGGGUGGUUAUACGCAGCAGCACCGAUGGCAUUCGCGGACGUUGGCACUUCAGAUCAAGGCGGGGCUGGAGGGAGUGCUGCCGCCGGCAUAUCGGGACACUCCUUUGCCCCGUCCCAGGUAG